AUGUAUGCGUUAGUGAAAUUUUACGAUGAUGUUUAUUACGUUUGCAAAUCAAACGUCAUCACCGUUAAUAAGGGCCUUACAAAGGCCAAAUACAGUGAUAAUCGAAAAUAUCUGGCAGCCAUUAUAGCGAAAAAUGAUAUCAGUAAGGUAACUAUCGAUGAAAAUGAAAACAAUUGUCAGACUGAAAAGCAAAACACAAACUGUGAUACUGAAAUGAUGUAUUUACCGAUAACGUCCAAUGAGAAUAUAGGGAAUAAUAGAGCCGAAACAGAAAAAGAAAAUUGCAAUUUUGAAGAAAUUGGUCUGAUAUCUCAUGAUAUCAGUAAGGUGACUAUCGAUGUAAAUAUAAACAAUUGUCAGACUAGAAACCAAAACACAAACUGUGAUACUGAAGUGAUGUAUUUACCGAUAACGUUCAAUGAGAACAUAGAGAAUAAUGGAGCCGAAACAGAAAAUUGCGAUUUUGAAGAAACUAGUGUGAUAUCUCAUGAUAUCAGUAAGGUAACUAUCGAUGAAAAUGAAAACAAUUGUCAGACUGAAAAGCAAAACACAAACUGUGAUACUGAAAUUAUGUAUUUAUCGAUAACGUCUAAUGAGAAUAUAGGGAAUAAUGGAGCCGAAACAGAAAAAGAAAAUUGCAAUUUUGAAGAAAUUGGUCUGAUAUCUCAUGAUAUCAGUAAGGUAACUAUCGAUGAAAAUGAAAACAAUUGUCAGACUGAAAAGCAAAACACAAACUGUGAUACUGAAAUGAUGUAUGUACCGAUAACGUCCAAUGAGAAUAUAGGGAAUAAUGGAGCCGAAACAGAAAAAGAAAAUUGCAAUUUUGAAGAAACUGGUCUGAUAUCUCAUGAUGACGAAUAUGAUAAAGAUAGUGGAUCAGAAUAUGUACCAUCAGAAAAGGAAGAUUCAGGAAAUGAAGAUUCAGAUAAUGAAUUGCCGCAAUCAUUUGAUAAUAAAUUGUCACAAAAACAGAUACUAAAUUUAAGCAAAUCUGUAUCAUCAGCAUCAAGUUUUGAUGCCUCAAAAAUUAAUGAUCUUGCCAAAUUCAUGGGCCAUAGUGACAAGAUACAUAAGGAUUAUUAUAGACAACCUGUGGCAACCACGGACGUAGUAAAAGUCUCACGAUACUUAGAAAUGGUUCAAGGAAAUGAUGAUUCGGACAGUAGUAACUGUUCAGAAAAUGAAGUAGAUGAGAACAGCUGUGACAAAGUAAACUCGAACGAAAUUACAAAUUUACAUAAUGAAUUAAAUGAUGACGCGAAUAAUAAUCAAGGAAAUAGUAGUAACGAAAAACGCAAACGGUCUACAUCUCCUUAUGGGAAGACAAAAAGAAUACGCUGGUCUCAAAAAGAAAAAGAUACAGCACUUCAUGCAUUUAAUACAUAUAUGGAAAGCUUUACAUUGCCAUCUUUAAAAGAAAUAGGAGAUGUAAAGAAAAAAUAUAAAGUUCUUGCAAAACGUACAUCGCCGCAAAUAAAAAGUUGGCUUAAUAACCAACAAAGAGCUUUACGCAAAAAGCCCAUUAACGAAA